AUUCAAUAUAAGAUAAGCUCUAUUUUCCAGUCAUUCUCAGAGUGUCGACAACCAUGGGUACUUCUCCACGCACACAUGCCUUAACUCUUUCAACCCUCUUUUUUGUUCUCAUUGUGGCGAUUCUGAUCUCGAUAUCUCAAGCUCGAACCUUAAAGUCUUUCAACAAUUCAAUUUCGAUUAUUUUUGUCUUUGGAGACUCGACGGUUGAUCCAGGAAACAAUAACUACAUAGGCACUCCUUUUAAGAGCAAUUUUCCACCCUAUGGGAGAGACUUUGUUAAUCACACUCCAACCGGAAGGUUUAGCAAUGGGCGUCUCGUGACUGAUUUUAUCGCUUCAUAUUUAGGUGUCAAAGACUAUGUGCCACCAUAUUUGGACCCAACGCUUAGCAUUGAGGAGCUGAUGACUGGAGUUAGUUUUGCCUCAGCUGGCUCUGGGUUCGACCCAUUGACACCGAUGAUUAGCGGUGUAAUUCCAAUGUCUAAGCAACUGGAAUACUUCAGAGAGUAUAAAUGCAAACUGGAGCUAGCUAUUGGAAAGAGAAGAACUACAAUGCUCAUUAACAAAGCUGCAUUCAUUGUUAGCGCCGGUACAAACGAUUUUGUGGUCAAUUAUUUUGGCACACCGAUUCGUCGGCAAAGCUACACUGUCUCUGGCUACCAGCAAUUUUUGAUGCAACUUGUCCGACAAUUCAUACAGGGUUUGUUGAAUGAGGGGGCUCAGAAGAUAGCCAUGGUUGGGCUACCUCCUAUGGGUUGCUUGCCUGAAGUCAUCACCCUUAGUCCAGAUGCAAUAUUUCAUCAACGUCAGUGUGUGCAGUCUUUAUUGUCCAUUGCAAGAGACUACAAUCAAAUACUCCGGAAAAACCUCAAGGCCAUGCACAGUGGUAGCAGCACUAGGUUUUUUUAUGCAGACAUAUACCAACCAUUGAGCAACAUGAUUCAAGGGCACAGUUCUGGUUUUGAAGAGGUUAGCACUGGUUGUUGUGGGAGUGGAUACAUUGAAACUUCAUUUAUGUGCAACUCGGAAUCAGCUGUUUGUAAAGAUGCCUCCAAGUACGUGUUCUGGGACUCAAUACACCCAACUGAAGCAGCAUACUACAUUCUUUUCGAGGCCUUACGUCCAACCAUUGAUAUUGUCUUCAAAGAAUAGCAUGAGAUGAUCAUCGCAUGAACGGUCAUGAUUGAGUAGGCGUGAUUUAAGAAGUGAUUAGGAAAAUUAAAAGAUUUUAUCAUAUGAAAAAUAUAGAGAAUGUAAAACAAUUAAUUGCUUGAAUUAUGCUAGUAAUUAAUUGUUUUAUUUAUUUAUGUCGAUAGAGUGACUAUAUAAACCCGUCAAGAAUCCUAUAUGAUAAUCGAAU